CAUGUGCGUGUGAUACACUGCGCAUGCGUAUACUAGAUGCGUUUACGUCAGACAUAUGACCUAAGCUUUAAGUCACAAGAAGAAAAGAAGGUCUGCUCUCUACCUUCGUGUUUAUUUCCAAUCUUAAUUGAAGAAGGUCAUCUAUUGUUUUUCUGUCGCCAUGUUGUUUCUAUUAUUGCUGUUGAGAAUUAGCUACCAUGGUAACUGUGAGAGAUAUGCCUGAUGAAUAAGACUGGUUAACACAGAGUCACUAGCAUUCUGGAUGAUUUUGACGUAAAAAAAAGCAGAAAAUGCAGAAUUCAUUGCAGGAAGGAAAUAAAUGUCUUUAUGUCUAUGUUGUUGUGUAUGUUUCAAUUUUCUGCGCAUGCUUCGUUUCAGCUACUCAACAUUAAUGUCAUGUUUAAAUGACGUUCUCUCUAAAUUCAUUAACGAUACUUUAAUUACUGAACUAACAACUGCAUUUUUAAAGAACACAAUUAUAACGAUUAAUUGGUUGGUCUGUUUAAGCCGUUCCCAUGGCUACUGAAAAACAUCUCGCUGUAGAACUUGUUUCAAAGCAAGCGCUUAGAAACCUUGUCUUAAAUGACGUCAGGAUCAGCCAACUGGCGUAAAAACCCGACUUUAAGAUGCGUCACGGGAGUUUAAAAUAGCACGAAGUGGAUUACAUAAAAUUUCUUUUAUUUCCUUUAAACUUUUAUUUUCAAAUUUCAAACGAUGUACACACGGUGUCUAACAGUUUCUCCUGUUUGCAAAACAAAGAUGCAGCAUAAUAAUAUCAAAGAUGGUCCAACAAAGUCACCAAUGAAAUGUGCCGGUUGCUUGAAAAGGAUUAGAAGUCGAUUCUUUCUUGAAGCACUUGGCAAAUUCUGGCAUGAACGAUGUUUCAGCUGCGAUAUAUGCCAUGAAGUGUUGUACAGCUUCGGUGAAAAAUAUUAUUUUAAGAACUCGCGGAAAUUGUGUAAAAUGGAUUAUAUGAGAUUAUACGUUCCUGGUGGAAUAUGUUCCAUGUGUUCGAAUCCUAUUCCAUCUACAGAAAAUGCAAUAAAAUUUGGAAACAACGUCAACUAUCACGUGCAAUGCUUCAGGUGUGUUGUUUGCCAUUACCAGUUUUCAAAAGGCGACGUUACACAGAUUCCGCAACCAAAUAUUGUACUUUGUUACCAACAUGGUAUAGAAUACAACCUACUUCGUUCGCUUGCGUCGCAAGCAACUCCUGAUUUCAAUAAUGCUCCCACACAUGUUAACAGGGGACAGGAUAUUGAAUCGAACAACGCAAAGCUGUUUGGUCAAACUGAAACGUAUGAGACCAACAUGUCAUGCAAUGCGCUUCAACAAGAAGGUGUUUUAGAUAUUGGUCGGUUGGAAUAUCUAUCAAAGCAGGAUUUCAACAUUAUAUAACAAAAAAAUUUAACAAUAAUCUGUAGAUAUUCUAUCAUUUUGCAAAAACUUUUUUAGAAAAUCAAAGUUUACGAUAA